AUGCCGCUCCACAAAUCAACCCGGGGCUCUCGACUGGACCCCACUAUGAUUUCAGCCCCUUUGGGUGACUUCCGCCACACCAUGCAUAUCGGCAGAGGUGGCGACGCCUUCGGGGACACGUCGUUCCUGUCCACGCUGGGUCCGAGUCCACCUAACUCCGACCUAGGGAGCCCGGGGUCUUCAUCCGUGGAUUACGCGACAACUGCGAACCACAAUGAUCUGUAUCAAGAACCAACAGGGAAUCUGGCGAGGGAUGAGCUAGAGUUCUCAGAGCCGUUGCCGUCAUUUACAUUGGAUUUGGAUCUAGAUUUAGGUCCUUCCAUGCUAGGGGACGUACUAGGGGUAAUGGACGGUUUAGGACUGGAUUCCAAAAAUAUUACAUCCCCAGUGGAAACAAAACCAAGCAAGGAGACGUCCGUCGUGAACAGGCACAACGAGCUGAACGGAAGGAACCUGGAUGAAAACCAGAUGGGCGAUGGCAGAGUAACAGAUGGGAUCAAACCAAAGGGGCUGCGUCCCAAAGUGAGAUUCAGCGACAAGCGGGAGGAGAUAAUCCGCCAGGCAUCGGAGGAGGAUGAAGGUCAAGGGUUCGACUUUCAGGAGGAGGACCUGACGACGAGUCCAACAAGGGAGAGGGUUGAAACGGAGUUCGCCGCCCACAAAGAUGGGCCUCCCAGCCCGGCUUCAUCUCAUAGCUCCGACUACGAAGGGGUUAGCGCACUGGACCGGAGGAGGGUCGGUAGCAGCCACUCGGAAAGUGACUCAGAGGAAGAGGAAGUGGGGCGAGGCUAUACUUUUGAAGACGACUUUGAUGAUGAAAUUGGACUAUAA